AUGACUCUGUCUGACUCGUGGCUGGCCCGUGACUGCCUCGUAGUUGGGCUAACAUCUCUGGCCGUGGCCCGCUCGGUUCCAGUUCAGCAGCGUGCUCAACGUGGCUCUACACACCCUCCUCCUCCUCCUCUGGAUCUCCACCCCUCAUUGCGCCUAAUGAGGAGCGUCUCCCCUCCCAUGCACUCAGUGCGCUAUCUGGCCUUCAGAGUUUGCGGUGAUGGCAGACCAGUUUUGCGGGCCGAGGAAGCGUCGAUAAAGUAUAGAAAGAGAGAGUCGAGAGUAGAAGGCAAAAUGUGGACGUUUCGGAUUGGUUCAAGCCACAGAGAAGGGUGCGGGAAUGGUGUGGAAAGGGCGCGGGAAGGGCGCGGGAAUAGUUUCUGCGGAACAUGUUGGUGUCAUGUGACCGGUGACUAA